CACACUGUUUGGUCAAAACCCGACACGCGACUCGCGGAGAAACGCAGUAGCAGCGCAGCAGAAAAUUCUUGAACAGGUACUGUGCCCACAGACCAGCCGCAACCCAUUCUUUCACCCAACCACCAUCCAACUCAGGCUACUAAGCAAUCAUGGAAGCCGUUAUUCGUAUUACUGACGCUGUCAAGUCUUUCCGGGAAACCCGCUUGAGCACUCUCAGAACUCCAGCCGAGUUCUUUGAUAUCCACCGUAUUUCAAGACCUGCAGAUUUUAACCAGGCAGUAUCACGACUGACAUACAACACUCGGUAUUUCUCGGGGAACUACACUCUCAUCAUAGCUGCUUUGGCUGUUUAUUCCAUUAUUGCAAGUCCCCUCCUUCUCUUAUCCCUCAUCUUCCUCUUCGGAGGCUUUGCUGUCAUCAACCGUUUUGAGGAAGUCUAUGGGCAAGUCGUUACCCAAAAGACCCUCUACACAGGGCUCUUCGUGAUUGGCAUCCCCCUCUUGUGGUUCUCCUCGCCAUUCAUGACCCUGUUCUGGCUGAUCGGAGCAUCUGCGUGUCUCAUUCUUACUCAUGCAUGCCUGAUUGAGCCAGGUGUCGAGAGCGAGUAUGCAAAUAUCGAGGGAGCUGUGUAAACGCCAUGGGGAAAGAGAAUGGGAAUUGAGUGUGGUUUGUUGUACUCCUUUCGAGAUUGGACUAUUUCUAUUGUUGUGUUCCCCUCGAAUCCCAAUUCCGGCCUCUCGUUCUUAUUCGUUGAUACCUCGUCUACAAUAUAGACGUGUUUCUUGCUCAUAAAGGCGUGCACCAUACAUAGAUUGUACGAAUUGGAAUGUGAUAGACUGAAAGCCGGCUUCAGUGUCUACGU